AAAAUUCCGUGUUUUUCGGGGUCAGCUAAAAUUCGUGUGAUUUGUAAGACUUCAGUAAUCUUGUUUUCCGAAAUUUUCUCACAGAGAUCGGCCAUGGCUACGCUCUUCACCACCGCUCGUUCUUCACUUCUCUUCGCUUCCUCUGUAAACACAAGCAAGAGCUUCUCUCCUUCUAUCUCCCUUAAACCCAAUUCUCUCUCUUUCUCUUUUGGUCAUCGUCCCAAGCCACUCCGGUUUUCUAAAAUCCGAUCUUCUCUGCCCUCUGAGUCCGAAUCCGAAUCCGACCUAGAUGCGUCUGCAGUUACAGAUGAAUGGGGUGAGAAACCGGGAGCUGCAAAUGAGCCUGAAUCUCAAGAAGAUAAUGUGACCGUGAAUGUGAUUACGGACGAAUGGGGUGAGAAAUCCGGACCCGAAUCUGUGGAAUCCGGGACCCGGUUUGCGGAAUCGGAUCCUCCAAGGAACGAGGACGAGUGGGGAGGAGAAAUUGGAGGAAAAGCUGAAGUCGACGCCGGAAAUGGAAGUGCGGUGUCUGACCCGACUUGGGAGCUGAAAAGGUGUUUGGCGGAUUCUGUGUACGGAACUGAAUUAGGUUUCCGCGCUGGGUCUGAAGUUCGAGCGGAGGUGUUGGAGCUUGUGAAUCAAUUGGAAGCUCUGAAUCCUACGCCGGCUCCGGUAGAGAAUCCAGAGCUUCUCGACGGCAAUUGGAUUUUGCUGUACACUGCUUUCUCUGAGUUGAUUCCUCUACUAGCUGCGGGCUCGACUCCUUUGUUGAAAGUGAAAAGCAUAAGUCAGUCGAUAGACACAAACAAUCUCACUAUCGACAACUCCACUACACUCUCCAGCCCUUUUGCAGACUUCUCCUUCAGUGCUACUGCUUCAUUUGAAGUUCGAAGCCCUUCAAGAAUUGAGGUUUCUUUCAAAGAAGGUACGUUAAAACCCCCGGAGAUCAAAUCAAGUGUGGAUCUCCCAGAGAGUGUGGGCGUCUUUGGUCAGCAGAUUAGUCUUUCGUUGUUAAAGCAGUCUUUGAACCCUUUACAAGAUGUGGCAGCAAACAUUUCACGGGCACUCUCUGGUCAGCCACCUCUUAAGCUUCCGUUUCCAGGAAACCGAGGCAGCUCUUGGCUCUUGACCACUUAUCUCGACAAAGAUCUCAGGAUUUCUAGAGGAGAUGGUGGGCUUUUCGUGCUUGCUAGAGAAGGAAGCUCUCUGCUUGAGCUCUGAAAUAUUUGAGAAGGUAUAUAUAGCAGGCUUCAUGUAAAAACCAUAAUCACUACACUAGAGACAUCAUCAGAAUAAUGCUGAAUGCAGAUU